AUGCCAUCUCCCCUUGCAGACCCCGUCAAGCUCCCAUGUGGACUGGUUUUGCCGAAUCGGCUGAGCAAGGCCGCAAUGGCUGAGAUGAUUGCCAAAACUAACCAGCCGACAAACACCCUGGUUGAUGCUUAUGAGCAAUGGUCCGACGGUGGAUGGGGGAGUAUUCUUACAGGAAACGUCCAAGUCGACGUAAACCACAUGGGCAGCCCCUUCGACCCAGCCCUACACGACGAAUACAAAGACAGCGAAACCAACAGCGCCCUAGUCGCGCAAUGGAAGAAAUACGCCGACGCCUGCCAAAAGCACGGCACCCCAGCCAUCUCCCAGAUCUGCCACCCAGGACGACAGUCCUUCCGCGUUGCAGGUCACCGCGGCAUGCUCGCCCAGACGCUCGCGCCUAGCGCUGUGCCCAUGAAGGUUGGAGAUAGUUACCUCCAGAGCCUGAUUGCGUGUCUAGUUUGGUCUGAGCCCAAGGAGAUGACUACUCAGGAUAUUGAGAGGGUUAUUCGUCAGUUUGUUGAUACCGCGAGGUUGAUGGCGGAUGCUGGGUUUUCGGGUAUUGAGCUGCAUGGUGCGCAUGGGUAUUUGAUUGAUCAAUUCCUCAAUGGAAAGACAAACCUCCGGAGAGACGCCUACGGCGGCACACCUGAAAAACGCGCCCGCUUUGUCCUAGAAAUCCUCUCCCAAACGCGCAGAGUCGUUCCCGCAACCUUCGCAAUCGGCAUCAAGCUAAACUCUGCCGACCACAGCUCAACAACCUUCGAAGAAACAAUGACACAAAUCGCACUCCUAGCCGAAGCCGGAAUCGACUUCAUGGAAAUUUCCGGCGGCACCUACGAAGAUCCCAAAAUGAUGGGCUACGGUAAAGCCAGUGCGGCAGCACCAAAAUCCUCACGCACCGCCGCGCGCGAGGCCUUCUUCCUCGAGUUCUCGAAGGAGGUGCGAAAGCGCCAUCCUGGUCUCGUUCUUAUGUUGACUGGUGGGUUCCGCACGCGUGCUGGCGCUGAGGCUGCUAUUAGGGAUAAUGCUUGUGAUCUUGUUGGUAUUGGACGGCCUGCGGCUAUUGAUCCGAAAUUCCCGCGUUUAUUGCUCGAUGAGAGCGUUGGUGAUGAUGAGGCGCAGAUGCCGUUGAACAAGGCGCCUGUUCCGUGGUAUACGCGCUUCUUGCCGUUGCAUCUUAUUGGGGCUGGGGCUGAGAGUACGUAUUAUGCUGCGCAGAUUCAGAGAUUGGGGAAGGGGAUUGUGGCCAUUGCGCCUCCUUGGUAG